AUGUCGACCAAUAUCUCUUCCUUUGCCCCGGCCAGCUGGCCUGAGCCCAAUUACAUUAAUCCAGAGACGAGAGGUCCAGCGGCCAAAAUCGUUGGCUGUAUUCUGAUUUCGCUCGCCAGCAUUGUCAUCUUUCUCCGAAUGUGGACAAGACAAUUCAUUUCAAAGAGCUUCGGACUCGAUGACAUCCUGAUAGUUUUUUCCUAUGUUCCCGCCACAGUCUAUGCCAUCAUCUCCUUGAGCAGUGAAGUCUUUCUCCAGGGAAACAGGCACAUUUGGGAUGUUGAACCUAGAUUCUUUAGCCCAUCUUUGCAAACCAGCCUUGCCGAGCUGAUUCUAUUCGACCUGGCAACAAAUGCAACAAAGCUCUCCAUGCUUGCCACAAUCAGUCGGUUCACCACGAGUUCCGUGAGCAAAAAGAAGAAUACGGUCGUCCUGAUUAUGGCCACUGUCAUAAGUCUCGAUGCCUUUAUAUUCUUGGUCGUUGUUAUUUUUCAAUGCAGCCCCAUCUAUGCAUAUUGGACAAUUGGCUUAAAGUCCAAAAAAUGCAUCAAUGAAGCAGCGCAUCUGCUUGCUGCCGGAAUUAUCAACACCUUGACAGAAAUCAUUGUUGUCUUUUUACCCAUGAAAACAAUUUUGAAGCUAGAACUUCCAAGAAAACAGCGAGCGAUUGUGAUUGGGCUGUUUGCCACCGGCUUUCUGGCCUGCGCUGCGGGAAUCGCCAGAAUUGUCUUUACCUGGUUGACCACGAGCGCUGCCGAUCACGACACCGUAUGGAAUGCCUGGGUGUUGCGGCUUGCGAGCGGUAUUGAACUCUAUCUAGGAAUCAUUUGUGCUUCAAUACCUGCAAUCAAGCCCUUCUUCGCCACCUAUCUUCCCAAGCUCAUUGACGCCAACAUUCGCACGUCGAAGACAUCGCUCUACCUGAACGAGCCCAAGCUUCCCACCAUGACAAAGAGCAACUUUUCCGACUCCCGCGCAAGGUCACAGACGAGCGUACACGUUCUCUUCUCGCCCAGCCACCCACUGCUGCUGCCCGUCCCCGAGCCCGCGCGGCCCGCCCAGCAGCGCCGCUUAUCUCUGAGCAGCAGCCGAGCCGCCGCCGCCGCCACCGCUGCCCCGACCAACCCCCUCUCCCUCUCCCCCGUCGUGAGCCACAAGAAAUCGUUGAGCGCGGACCUCAACAAGCCGCUGCCGACAAUCGCCAGACACGCCUCGGCCUCUUCCCAGGUCCAACAAUUCCAACCACAACUACCACCACCACCACCACCACAACAACAACAACAACCAUUCCCCAUGGGGCCGUUGCCUCCUCCUCAGCGCUCCUUCUUUGACGACAAUGAUCACGAAGACGGAGAUGAGGAGGCAGGUCUGGGCCUCAGGAGGCAAUUCUCCACGCAGAGAAACGCGCGGAGGUUCUCUAACUCGUCGUCGGUCACGUCGACAGAGUCUAGUAAUGAUGAUGACAAGGUGGACCGCACGACAGUCUUCAUCAUGUAUCAAGGGGAAAAUGAAGUUUCCGGUCGAAGCUUCUUUUAG